AUGACUGAAAAUAAUACUACUGAAGGAAAUGAUACUAGGGAAAAAAUUGCCAAGAUCAAAGAAUAUUUAGAAACAUUUGACCAUCAAAAUGAGACUAAAAGUAUUCACGGUUUUGUUGACCUCCUUAAAACGAUAAAUAUAAAGAUGGCUGUUUUCGAUUUUGACUUGACCCUAAUAGGGAAACACUCGGGCGGAUAUAUCGAUAAACUCAAUGAUAUUGAAGAUAUAGGAACAUCUGUUACAAAUGCUUUUAAAAUAUUAUCAAAGAGGCUUUAUGAAAAUAAUAUUAAAAUAACAGUUGCAACGUUUUCAGAUGAUGAGACAAUCCGAUAUAGUAAGAGAAAGUCAUCAUCUUUGAUCGCAGGAGAAGAAUUAAUUCAGCAUUGUAUUAAGCAUAGCAAUUGCGAAACCAAAAUAGAACGAGUUUAUGCAUACUACCCCUAUUAUUACAAGGAACCAAAAAAAUAUAUGGCCCUUGGAUUAAAAGAACCAAUGUCUAACGACAAAUCUUAUCAUUUAAAAAGGAUAAGAAAUGAAUUUUCUGUUAAUAUUGACGAAAUGAUAUUUUUUGAUGAUGAUGUUAAAAAUUGUAUUUCAGCCCAAAAGGAAGGAUACAUUACUUUUAAUGUGAUAGGGAAAAAAGGAUUUAAUUUUAAAGAUAUAAAAUUAAUGCAGUAA